AUGGUCAGAGCAACAAUCAAGUCUGGGACAAUCAAUAUUUUAAACACCAUCAUAGGUGCCGGGAUAUUAACCAUGCCAUAUGGUCUACGCGCCAAUGGACUAUUAUUUGGAUCCAUUUUAAUCCUUUGGUCAGCUUGCGCUUCAGCCUUUGGACUUUAUUUGCAGAAUAAAGUGGCCAGGUACACGGGGCAACGAGGGUCAGUGUCCUACUUUAGUCUUGCGCAAGUAACGUAUCCCAAGUUGUCUAUAGUAUUUGAUUCGGCAAUUCUGAUAAAGUGUUUUGGAGUUGGAGUUUCAUAUUUGGUGGUUAUUGGCGAUUUGAUGCCCAAGAUUAUGGAAACUUUGGAAGUGCAUUCUGAUUCCAUUUUCAUGAAUCGAAAAUUUUGGAUCUCGGCAUUCAUGGUGUGCAUUGUGGCUCCAUUAUCGUAUUUGAAGAAAUUGAGUAGUUUGAAAUACACCAGUAUUAUGGCAUUAUUUUCUGUUGGUUAUUUGAUUUUUUUGGUGGUGAGCAGCUACCUUGAGAUUGCAGCUGGGAUUGAAAAGGCACAUGAUGUUGAUGUUGCAAAAUUUCAUCCUUUUCCUGCUAACCACAUGGACUGGUACGGACCAUUGAGCUGGAAACAGACAUUGAGUUCAUUUCCAAUGUUUGUGUUUGCUUACACCUGUCACCAAAACAUGUUUGCUAUAAUCAAUGAAUUGCAACCGGAUGAGAAGGAUGGCUCACAGACAAGACAGUCUAAUUUGAUUAUUCGUAAUUCAAUUUUGACAGCAUUGGCAAGUUAUUUGAUUGUCGCUAUUUUCGGUUACUUGACAUACGGUAAUGAAGUUGAACCAAAUAUCAUUGCAAUGUAUCCGCGUGAUUCAUUCAGCACAUUGAUCGGAAGAUUGUGCAUUGUUGUUAUGGUAAGUUUGUCCUUCCCUUUACAGUGCCAUCCUUGCAGAGGUUCCAUUAACCAUGUAAUACAUUUCAUUAGCCAAGGUGUCGAAUCAGCUAAACUCAGACACUUGCAUAAACGUAAUCGCUUGUUGAAUGGCGAUGGCGUUGGUAGUGGCUACUCAUCGACGGCAGCUUCAGACGCAGAAAGUGUGAGCUCCUUUAAUGAUCUCACUGCGGUCUCUUCAAUCAUUUCAACAACCCCAAUGGAAGGUGCCCGUGAUACUGCUGGACAUGCGCCAAUUAUUGUUCCCAUGUCUACUCGAAAAUUCUACAUUAUUACAACAGCCAUUGUUGUGCUCAGUUAUGUGGUUGCACUCUCGGUCACUUCAUUGGCAACUGUGCUAGCAUUUGUGGGAAGUACAGGCUCAACGUCGAUUUCAUUCAUCUUGCCCGGGUUAUUUGGCUAUUUGUUGAUGAAGCCAUUGCACCCAGGAGCCAACCUUUCGCCUUUGGAAAAAUUCUGCAAAUACGGCGGGUUCUCUCCAUCAACAUCAAGCACAUCUAGCACAGCUACAGGUCAAGAGCUAGUCAACGAUAUACUAGUCAACAAUCCUCCUGAGGACUCAAUUGAAGAUAUAUCGUUCUCGCCUCAACAAGAUCUCCUUGCUGUUGCUAGUUGGGAUAAGAAAGUCCGUAUUUACGAAAUUGAUCCUAAUACCGGUAAUAACCAAGGCAAGGCACUUUAUGAACACAAUGCUCCCGUGUUUUCUGCACGAUGGUCGACUGAUGGAACCAAAGUCGUGAGUGGUGGUGCAGAUAAUCAAGUCAAGAUAUUUGACCUUGCGACGCAACAACAACAGCAAAUUGGUCAACAUGAUGCACCAGUGAGAUCAGUGAGGUAUGUGGAGUGUGGCCCCACCAACACGCCAGUGGUUGCUAGUGGGUCAUGGGAUAAAACGUUGAGGUAUUGGGAUAUGAGAUCACCAACUCCCGUUAGCACAAUCAAUCUUCCUGAGAGAUGCUACUGCAUGGAUUCAUCACAGAAGUUACUAGUUGUUGGAUGUGCCGAUAGACAUAUAACUAUCAUCGAUUUGAAUAAUCCUCAACAAAUUUUCAAAACUACUCAGUCGCCAUUAAAGUGGCAAACAAGAACCGUCGCUUGCUAUCCUCAAGCCAAUGGGUUUGCAGUUGGGUCAAUUGAAGGUAGAUGUGCAAUCCAAUACAUAACAGAAGCUGAACAGAAGAAGUUUGGCUUUUCAUUCAAGUGUCAUAGAAAGUCCGGCACAGGCUCCAAUACUGGUGGAUUAUCACGAACUACAGCGACCAGUUCCAACGAAUCACAAGCUUACCCAGUCAAUGCUAUCUCAUUCCAUCCCGUUUAUGGUACAUUUAGUACCGCUGGUUCAGAUGGUACUUUUUGCUUCUGGGACAAAGAUGCCAAGCAAAGAUUAAAGCUGUUUCCAGAGUUGCCAGGUACUGUUUUGUCCACUGCUUUCAAUAAAACUGGGUCUAUAUUUGCCUAUGCUGUGAGUUAUGACUGGUCGUUGGGGUACCAAGGCAAUAGACCUGAUUAUCCUACGUUUAUAAAACUCCAUCCGACAAAAGAUGUUGAAAUAAAGCAAAAGAACAAACGGUGA